AUGUAUGUCAUUUAUUUCUUUGUUGCAGAUGUUGGAGCGCCUGCCUUGGACAUCCAGGAUCUGACCAAUGGGUACCAUGGCAUCGUGAAGGAGAACGAAACGGCGGUGGAGGUGACCCCCGCUAUCCGAGCGGCCUCCCACAGGCCCCCUGCUUGCAAAUUCAAAAUCGUAAAUAGACACCAUGGGGACGCACCUUUCGAUGUUCUCCUCAAACCCGACGGAUACGCAGAGUUAAGAGCCAAACGGCUCCUCAACUGCGAGAAACGAAAGAAUUACAAGUUCGACAUUGCUGCCGUUGGCUGUGAUGGGAAACAGAGCAUUAGCCGCGUACAACAGCAACAAACGGCAUCCAGCCAGUGGCAGAAAUGGUAUCAUUCAGACAAGGACGGAUAG